UCAGAGUCUCCUCUCUUUACUUUGCUCUCUCCCAUCACUUUCACCCUCAGUACUCUGCCACCUCUCUUAUGUUUGCAGAUGUCCUCUGCUCACAGGAGUCCAACCCAGUUUAAGUAAUUGAAGGAGUGGGAGAAGGGAGACUUUGACUCUACAGAGAGGCAGCUGUCAGCAACAGAGUUGGAAUAAAGAAAUUCGCCCGAGGGGACCGAAACAGACCGAGACCAGCGGGGAGACAGGCGAAGGCGAAGGAUAAAGGAGAGACUGCUUCAGGUGACCGAGUCGCAAUGGAGGCGCACGGCAUGUGUGAUCAGAGCACCGCGUCUGGAAGCGCUCGCUGUGCAAAGUGAGCAACCCCUUAGAACUGACCGGGACCUGCCUUUGUCCAUUUCACUUGACGGAUUAUCUCAGCAUCAUGAACGUGUCACCCCCGGACCGGAGGAAAAACAUGCGAGAGCUGGCUCUGGAGAUUGGCAUCCGAGUUCUGCUUUUCGGAGUUUUUGUAUUUACAGAGUUCCUGGAGCCCUUUGAGAGGGUGAUUCAACCAGAGGAGCUUUGGCUCUACAAGAAUCCUCUAGUUGAGUCAGACCACAUUCCCAAGAGGGUCAUGUUCGCAAUUUCAUUCCUUACCCCGUUGGCGGUGAUAUUUGUGGUGAAGAUAAUUCAGAGGACGGACAAGACAGAGAUCAAAGAGGCAUGUUUAGCUGUGUCCCUGGCUCUCGCCCUGAAUGGAGUCUUCACAAAUACCAUCAAGCUGAUUGUUGGCAGACCCAGGCCCGACUACUUCCAGCGCUGUUUCCCAGAUGGACAAGUAAAUGUGAAGAUGCUGUGCACCGGGGAGCCAGAUCUAGUCUCAGAGGGACGCAAGAGCUUCCCCAGCAGUCAUUCCUCCUUUGCAUUCUCCGGUCUUGGCUUCACCUCCUUCUACCUGGCAGGAAAGCUGCAGUGUUUUACGGAUCAGGGUCGAGGGCGUAGCUGGCGCCUCUGUGCCAUGGUGCUGCCUCUCUACAGCGCUAUGAUGAUUGCAUUGUCCCGCACCUGCGACUACAAACACCACUGGCAAGACGCCUUUGUUGGAGGAGUGAUCGGGUUGCUAUUUGCGUACAUCUGCUACCGCCAGCACUACCCACCAUUUCUGCACAUGGAAUGCCACCUGCCUUAUGCCAGUCUGGCUGCUGCCGCCUACGCCCCCUCGCAUCCAGAGGACGACCCGCAGCCCACUGACAAUGCCACCACCCUUCCCCUGGAGGGCUUGACUGAAGGGCCAGUAUGACUAGUGGCCACCACCGAGACUCCCCCCAACACCCUUACCAAGCCACCAAGCCCACCUCAUUCUCAGUGACUGACUGGCACUUGUAAACAUUCCUAUGGACAGAAAUACACCUUGCCCAUCUCCAUACUUGUAGACCUCGUCUCGGUGACACCUACAUUCUUUUGUGUUUGUUUUUUUUUUUUUCUAUAUCUGGUUCUUGCUCAGCAGCCGUGAAAGUCUAUAUUUAGAUGUGAUGUAUGAGAAGAACCUACGAAUAUGGGACAUCACCGUUGAGAGGGAAGAGAGAAAAACAUGUUCAAAUCCUGAAAAAAACAAGUCUUACUAAUGGGUGUGAAGAAAGAUGAAAAUAUUGCCAGUUUUUGCUGGAAUUCUUUGCUUAAUGAGAAAUGUGGUUGGCAGGUUGUUUUAUGCUGCUGUGUAUUUAAUGAUUGGGACAGUAAGCUGGGGGAGACCCACGAGAAAUCCCACGAAAUGUCACAGCAAUCAAACCAUUAAAUCAUACCAGUUAAACUAUUAGAAUAUUGUAGGUUAUAUGUCAUUUGUCACAAUGAAUUAUGGGAUUUGAUAGCAGUUAGUGCCAGAUGUCCAACAGCUUUCUGUCUGUUACAGUUAGACUUUUAGACACUGCAGAUUCAGAAGGCACCAAUUUGUUGGUUAAAAAAAUCAAGGACUAUGGGCACUGCUCUCAAUUCAUACCUCCUCACUUUUAAUAAUUUCUAGCUGUCCAUAGGAACAUAAUGAUACAUAUAGAAUGGAUACACUCUUGGAGAAAAAGCACUGAUCCAUGCCAAUAAAAUGACAAUAUUCAGUGUUCCCCAAACUCUUCUACAUUCACCCGAUUUUUAUUAUUCCAUUUCACCCCAUUCUCUUGGGCUUGUCUAAUUUUCCAGUGCAAUCCUGCAUAUCAGCCUUUCCCCAUUCCUCUUCCUCUCCCUGUCACCAUCCAACUUUAUUUUUCACAAGCCCUGCAUUUAACACGUUCUCACAAGGUUGCACAGGGACAUGAACCCAAACUGUAGCUCAAUGAGUGCAAUCAAUAACGGGCAGGUGGGAAUGGCGUGGUGGAAGUGUGUCUGGACAGGCACAAACUCUAAUCUGAUCCUGCAUUAAUCCUCAUUAAGGGAGAUCAGCCACUGCUGCUUAUGAGCACAUUAGGACUAUAUGAGGUGCCCCACGGACUGCCCAAGCACUGAAAAAUGGCUUUCAGCCCACUGCGGUUCCACAAAUAGACAAUCUAGCAUUCAGGAGACGACAGGCCUAAACCCUGGACAGCGAUUUUGAUGUAUUAUUCAUCCAUUAAUGUUCCAUUAAAUAUGAAUAUUUCCAGACUUAAUUUAGAGAUUGCACGUUCAAACAAAGAAUACACCAAAGUUUGUAGCUUUUUUUCUGCUUGGGUUGUAUGCACCCUGUUAUGCUUUAUUAACACACAGAGAUGACACAUAGCCAGAUUACUGCGUCCCUAACAUCAACAAAGCAAUUUGUAGCCCCUUACAAGUUUUGUUAGAAAUUAUGUAUAAUUUUGUUGCCUCGGUUACUGUGUCUUUUUUGCCAUUGCUGUGACAUUAAUGGGAAGGUGCAAUCUCAGUUUACCUCUUACCCAACCCCGCUACAUAGAAAGGCAUGGUUUGCACAGAAAGGGGUGAAAAAACAAGAGACAGCGCAUCAAAACAGCGUGAUAUAAAAUGAGCAGCAAGCCAAAAGUACAAGGUUAUUUUGUAAUUGUAUUAUCCUGUCAGAAUGUUAGUCAAGCCUAUUUGUGAAUUUGUCCGUCUCCACUUACAAAAGACUACACGUUUCUGUGUAGAAAGUGAUGGUUGAAACAGCUGCACCUUCAGCUGCUGUUUGCUUAAUUAUGGACACAAUUUGGCCUCUUACACAGGAAUAGACAAGGGAACUUUUUCUCUGUUAAAAAUGAUUUUAAACAUCAUUUCCUGAAAUGAGCCACAAUUAAGCUUCCAUAACUAAUGCAACCCAUUGGCAGCUUCUUAAAACUGUGUGUGUAUGUGUGUGUGUGUGUGUGUGUGUGUGUGUGUGUGUGCAGGUUUUUGACAAGGCUUAUCCCACACUGAUGCAAUACAAAAUGGAACUUUAAGAAGAACGAACCUUUCACCAGAGGGGCAAAAGGUGCUCGACUCUGCACAUCAGACUCUGUGACGGGACUUGACCAGACUCUGAGAGUUGACUGAAAAGAAACUGGUAACUCACUGGAGUCUUUUAGCACAGGCCUGGAGAUCUGUGACUGUGAGAUUUGGACAUCUUGAGGCGGUUUUGGAGAUGAGAUGAUUGUGACCCAGAUUCAUUAUGUUCUAUAGACCUGCAUUUGCCUGACUUGGCAGCCUGAUGUUUGUACUUUGUCAUUUAGUUUCCUACUGUUAGAUGGUACAGUGUAUAUUGGAAAAAAAAAAUGUUGUUUAGAAGUAAUGUCUGUGUGAGUAUUUUCGCUUUAUCAAGGAUUUAAGUUUCCCAUGUCCCUUCAAAUCAUUCCAUGAUUUGUUUUAAUUUGGUGCUAUAGAUGGUUUUGUAGCAGUAGGUGUCACUUUUUCCAAACAGUGGAUGUGUCAUUUUGAAAUGAAAGUUCAAUAAUUUUCUACAGAGAAAGAAAAAAAUAUAUAAUAAUGCGUAUGUCUUAAUCAGAUGCACAGGGGCAACAAGUGCAGGAUACUCUGUGAUUUUUUUAUUUAAUCAUUUCACCAUCCCAAAGACUGAUGGGAUAAAAGUAUACAAAAAUAUUAAAGAAUGAUGAAAUUAUUAUCAAUUAUAAUGAAUAGAUGUCUGAAGAAAAAAAGAGUGUAAGACUUAAGAAUCUUUGUUCAUGGCAUGCCAGUUCCAUUUGUGAGAAAAGACAGUUUUCUAUGAAUAAGCAUGUCUGGCCUUGAGAACUAUUUGAGCUGUGUUUUGCUGUUUGUAUACUUUAUGUACAAUAAAGGACUGCAGCUGUGUGACAUUUGUCCAUGGAGAAAACAAA